AUGUCAACCGAAGACGCAAAGAAAAACGCCAGCUACGCCGCGGUGGACCAGAACCUCGACCCCUCGCACCAGGUGGUUGGGAUCGGGUCCGGCACCACAGUUGUGUAUGUUGUAGAGCGGCUGGCGCAGCUGGACACAGAGCGCCGGCUGGUGUGUGUGCCGACGAGUUUCCAGGCGCGCGAGCUGAUUCUCUCGCACGGGCUCCGUUUGGGCCGUGUGGACGAGUACGUGGAUAUAGACGUUGCUUUUGACGGGGCCGACGAAAUUGACAGCGACAUGAAUUUGAUCAAAGGAGGCGGCGCGUGCAUGUUUCUGGAGAAACUAGUUGCCUCGUGUGCGCGCCGAUUUAUCGUGGUUGCCGACCAUCGCAAGAGCAGCGUAGCACUGAGCAAGGGAGUGCCGAUUGAGGUUGUUUCUGUUGCUCAGAAGCGGGUUUUCAUGGAGCUGGAGCGGCUCGGUGGCCGGCCGCGGCUGCGGGACGCUGGCGGCCGCAAGGCAGGGCCCGUGGUGACAGACCACGGGAAUUUGGUGGUUGACUGCGAGUUUGGCGAGAUCCGGCCGGGGCGCGUGGCAGAACUGGACGUGAGCAUCAAGGCGCUCGUCGGCGUCGUCGAGACAGGCUUUUUCCCCGGAAUGGCUCACAAAGCCUACAUCGGGCUCGCAGACGGCACGGUGCGUGUGCAGAAGCGGCGUGCUGCUCUGUAG